UUUAUUUUCAUACCUCGAGUUUUUUUAAACAAUUUUUUAUUUUUAUUUUAUUAUUUGUAGAAUCUCCAAGAAUUUUAUUUUAUCCCCUCGAAACACCACAGAAUUCCAAAAAUGGACAAGGGAAUGUAUUUGGUGUUUAAGCCGAGUUUGAAGAAGGAGUCUGACCGUAAAGCUCAGUUGGCGACAAUUCAGGCUUCUAAGGCCUUAUCUGACAUUGUACGCACUACUCUAGGCCCUCGGUCAAUGCUCAAAAUGCUCCUCGAUCCCAUGGGCGGGAUCGUUAUCACCAAUGACGGCAAUUCCAUACUACGCGAAAUAGAUGUGAAUAAUCCGGGAGCGAAGUCGUUGAUAGAGUUGAGUCGUAGUUUGGAUGAGGAGGUUGGUGACGGUACGACGAGUUGUGUGAUUUUAUGUGGCGAAUUACUCUCCAAUUGCGCGUCUCUCAUUAAAAAGGAAAUCCAUCCCACUGAAAUCAUUCAAGGCCUCAUGGAAGCCCUUGACGAUGCUCUCAAAGCCCUUGAUAACAUUUCCAUCCCAGUCAACAUCAAUGAUCAUAACAAAUUAUUACAAAUCAUACAAUCAAGUCUGAGUACGAAGUUUAGUAAUCGUUGGGGUGACUUAAUUUCCAAAUUAGCUCUCGACUCCAUCUUCAAACUACACAAAUCCACACACAACCGUACCAAUGGUACAAAUUGUACAAAUGGUUUGAAUGGUGUUAGUGAUGGCUUACCUGACGCCGUAAAGCCGUUGGACAUAAAAAGAUUAAUAAAGGUAGAGAAGAUAAUUGGUGGGUAUAUUGAAGAUUCUAAGGUGUUAGACGGCGUGGUAGUGAACAAAGACGUUGUCCACGCCAACAUGAGCAGACGUAUUGAGAACCCCAGGAUUCUCAUUUUGGACUGUACUUUGGAGUAUAAAAAAGGUGAAAGUCAGACUAUGGUCGACAUCUACGACGAAUCUGUCUGGAAUAAAUUACUUCUACAGGAAGAAACUGAAAUUAAACAAAUGUGCCAAUACAUCAUCAAUUCCAAUUGUAAUCUCGUUGUUACCGAGAAAGGAGUCAGUGACUUAGCUCAGCAUUAUUUGGUGAAGGCUGGAAUAAGUUGUCUGCGUCGUGUGAGAAAGAGUGACACGAACCGCAUAUCCAAGGCUUGCGGUGCUACGAUUGUGAAUCGUCCUGAGGAAAUUACUGAAUCCGACAUUGGCCACCGCUGUAAACUAUUCCACGUUGAUAAAAUCGGCGACGAAUACUAUUCCUUCUUUGAUCUGUGCACUGAUCCCAAGGCAUGUUCCAUUCUACUCAGAGGAUCUUCUAAAGAUGUUUUAAACGAGAUUGAACGAAACUUGUAUGAUGCUUUGAGUAUUUGUCGUAAUAUAAUUUACAAUUGUAAACUAUUACCCGGCGGCGGUGCCACCGAAGUCUACAUCUCCAACUUCCUCAAUCAACAAAUCUCCAGGAAGGUGGGAUUGAGGCGGUUGAGUUACGAGUGUGCGAGUAAGGCUUUUCAGGUUAUUCCCAAGACUCUUGCACAGAACUGCGGAGUUAAUCCAAUAAAGUUGAUGAGUGAUUUGUUGUUGAUGCAUGGUAACGGUGAAGUCCACAUGGGAAUAAACGGUGAAACUGGCCAAAUCAUCAACGUAGUUAACCACAACCUCUACGAUAUCUUCCUCGUCAAAUCACAAAUCUACAAAUCCUCUUUUGAAUCUGCUUGUAUGUUAUUGAGGAUAGAUAUAAUAGUGAGUGGGAUAGGGAAGCGUGAAGAAACUGUGGACGAUAAAAUUAGAUUAAACGAACAAGCUCUAGAGAAUUAAUCUUUUACUUCAUUUU